GCUUGAUGAUCGAGUUGCAUCUUAAUCUGAGAACUCCUUACAGAGGACCUACAAUUAUUCGUUGAAUAUCAAAAGAAUCAUCUACCAUUAAAUAACCAUAAGAAGCGUGAAGAUAUACAUUGGUCAUUGAGCUUUCUUUUGUUUGUUUCUCCUUCAAUUAGGGCUCAAAAAUUGUUGAAUGGUGUGUGGAAGAGGAUGGCUUAUGCCAAUAACUUACUUGACCAUCAUUGCCAGGUGAAACUAUGGAGAAUCAUAACUGAACCAUGUAUGGAGAGGAUGUGUAAAAAGGUUUGCCAACAGCACAGAUGUUGAGCUUGCUGAUGGGGACCCUUCAUAGGCAGUUUAUAGAGAAAGAUGUGAACAGCUUUGAGGAUUUCCACAUGGCAAUUCUUGACAUCUUCAGCACCAUCAAUGCGGCAUUACCUGGUAAACACUAUGAUGUUCCUCCUCUGAAAGAUGUUGAGGCCUAUUUCAAAGAAUGGAGUUCAGCCGACGAUUCAAAUAAGAAAAGGCUGUUCAUGGAAUUAAUGCAGAACAAGCUGAAUCUUAGCAAGUUAGAUGACUCCACCAUCAUUACCGGGCUUGUAACACCUCCAGCAGCAAUGGUAGCCAAACGCGCAGGCGAGACCGUGCCCCAACUGAAAUUGAUCAAGGCAAUUCCUGAUGUCGUUUUUGUGCCAUCAGCCACAGUGCUUGCCCUUAUUUCCGUGAAACUAUCCAGGAAAAUGUUUUUAGGACAAGUAGCAUCUUGAACACAUAACCACAUCCCCGUCAAUAGGUAUACAAUUUUCAUUCUCUCAUGAUCCUUUAACUCACAAUGUGAUUAAUUACAAGGAUAUUUGAAUUGGUCGAUGUA